AUGGUUUCUCGUACUUUGUUUGCUGGGGCUUUAGCUGUGUUCUCCUCUCGAGCUGUCAUUGCUGGACCAUGUCGUGUAGUUUCUUCCACCGAAGCUUCAUACUCGACCACUCUCGUUGUUUCUUCUUCCACUGAGGUUCAGUCCACAGGGACACUGGAGACUUCCCUUACUGUACCGACGACCGAUGUCACAACUUCUACUGUCAUUGAGGAGGCUACUACGGUCACUACUGAUGGUUUGACCACCACUGGAUCCGCCACUACCGCAACCACCAUCGCCGAGUCUGCCACCACUACCACUAUGGCCUACGCAGUCCCCACUUCCUUCAAGCUGCUUGCUGAUGGCAGUGAUGCCGAUGGCUUGGCAGUAAAGUCAAAUGGCAAUCCAGGCGGCUCGUUGGUCUUUGGUGAACUCCCAAAUUAUGAAGAGGUUGUAUUCAGCUUCGAAGAGGAGACAGGCUCUGUCCAGUAUGACUCCAAAGAUCUCUGCGUUUACUACGGCGAUUCAGAUCCGGCGGCCCAGAUCAUAACGUGCACAACCACACUAUCUGGCAGACAAUUCCCCCUUAGCUGCGAGAAGCCCGACAGCAACCAGCUCAAGUGCACGACACCAGGGAAGACGUGUUUUACCGCUGGGUCUAGCCCCAUAGCCGAAUGCGCUCCUACUGAUGAGGAUUGGGUUCAAUUCUUCGUUAGGCCGUACAUCAGCGGCUCAUUCCUGCUUUACCUUAGUAACAGGAACGCUAUAGCUGACGAGCUUGAUGAUAUGGACUUGAAAGCUGUUGAUCUUCGACUGAGGGGAGUGACGGAUACCUAG